AUUAGCCCCAUGCUUACUUACACCCCCAUUCUCUCCCAUUUUAUGUAUCUAUAUAUACACAGACGUUACACAUUAUUAUUUACAGCUAACCAGUGCCGACUAUAUAUGUGUGGUUUCUAGUUCUAGCUACUAUAUAUAUACACACACACACACUUGUAGUUGUAGAGAGAGAGAGAGAGUGGUGUUGAGUUGAGAGGAAAAUUACAAUAAUAGAGUGAGGGAGAAGAUGCAGGCAUCACAGGAGGAGGAGAAACAAAUGAAGUCCUAUUCAUCUUCUUGGCUUGUUCCCAGCAGAUGUUUCUCUUCUCCGCCGCCGGAAAAUGGAUUCGACGAGGCUAAGCCAUCCCAGAAGCAGCGAACGCCCGGUGGCUGGAAGGCCAUGCCUUUUGUUUUGGGAAAUGAAACUUUUGAGAGGUUGGCAACAAUAGGAUUGCUAGCAAAUUUCAUGGUGUUUCUGCUAACGCAGUUUCACAUGGACCAAGUGUUAGCUUCGAAUGUUAUGAACAUAUGGAUGGGAGUCACAAACUUCGCUCCCUUGAUCGGUGCAUACAUUUCAGAUGCCCAUUUAGGCAGAUUCAGAACUAUUGCUUAUGCUACCUUUUCUGCUAUCAUGGGCAUGGUGACGUUGACCAUAAUAGCAGGGGUGCCUCAGUUGCGGCCUCCGCCAUGCAUUAAUCAAAAAUGCAGCGCUCCCACCAAAUCCCAGCUGGGAGUCCUGGCGCUGGGCCUCGGCUUUCUCUCCGUCGGCACCGGCGGCAUCAGGCCGUGCAGCAUCCCCUUCGGCGUCGACCAGUUCGACGCCUCCACGGCGGAAGGGAGGAGAGGGAUCAACAGCUUCUUCAACUGGUAUUACAUGUCCUUCACCCUCGUCAUGACCAUCGCUCUCACCUUGGUCGUCUACAUUCAAGACUCCGUCAGCUGGGUCUGGGGCUUCGGCAUCCCCACCGCGCUCAUGCUCUUCGCCAUCGUCCUCUUCUUCGUCGGCACCAAUUUCUACGUCUACGUCGUGCCCGAGGGCAGCGUCUUCACCGCCAUUGCGCAGGUCAUCGCCGCCACCUACAAGAAGCGUAAGCUGCACAUCCCCGACGCCGCCGCCUAUUUUGACCCGCCGUUGAAGGGGACGCUCGUCACUAAGCUCUCUUUGACCAAUAACUUAAGGUUCUUUAAUAAAGCCGCGUUGAUAACCGAGGGUGACAUUGGGGUGGAUGGAUCCAACUCCAACCCGUGGAGGUUAUGCAGCGUCCAAAAAGUGGAAGAAACCAAAUGCCUAUUCAAAAUCAUCCCGAUUUGGGCUUCCGGGAUUAUCUGUUUUACCGCCAUUGUACAACAGAGCACAUUCAUCUUGUCUCAAGCCUUGACAAUGGACCGCCACCUCGGCCCCAACUUUCAGAUCCCGGGCGGGUCGCUCGUGGUCAUCUCGAUGAUCACGGUGGCGCUAUGGAUCCCCGUGUACGACCGGGUGGUGGUGCCGUCCGUGAGGAAGGUCACCAAGGUGGAAGGUGGCAUCACCUUGCUCCAGAGGAUGGGGAUCGGGCUGGUGUUCUCCAUCCUCUCGAUGGUAGUGUCCGGCCUGGUCGAGCGGAUGAGAAGAGCUCACGCUGGACCAGGCGGGACCACUACCCUAACGGUCUUCUGGCUGGCCCCGCAGCUUAUGCUGAUGGGGUUCGCCGAGGCAUUCAAUAUCAUUGGACAGAUUGAGUUUUAUAAUAAAGAAUUCCCGGAAAAUAUGACUAGUUUGGCAAACUCGUUGUUCUCAUGCACAAUGGCGGGGGCGAGCUAUAUAAGUGCAGCGUUGGUGAACAUCGUGCACCACACAACUGCCACGCGCGCCCAUCCCGAUUGGUUGACCAAAGAUAUUAACCAGGGAAGGCUCGAGAACUUGUAUUUCUUGAUCGCCGGCUUGGGCGUCUUGAAUUUCGGAUACUUUAUUUGGGCGGCGCGUGGGUAUCAGUACAAGAGCAAGAUCAGAAUUGAUGAUGAGCAUGUUGAGCUUGUUGACAAAGAAAAUCAAAAAUCACUAGUAUGAUUGAUUGAUUUUUCAAUCUUUUUAGUAUUAUGUGACAUGCUGCAUUGCAACUAGUAGUAGUAGUGCAACCCUCGACGCAAGUUGUUGCUGCAGUAGCCUAAUAUAUGUACUUAGUUUUGGCAUUUUCUAAUUGGGGAUAAUACUAAAGAAAGGAGUUUUAAAUGAAA